AUGUUAACCCUCCUGACACCAAAAGGUCCCACGGUGCGAUACGUUAAGUUUUUGGAGACUGGUUUGGUUUCCGUUGAAACAAAACGACUACCUCAAUUAGAUAUAACUAAUUUAUUUCUCUAUGUACCAACUUACUUGGGUUACGAAGAUCUAAAAGGGACUGCGAAAACUUAUCAGAGGUAUUAUGGUGAUAUUUUGACCAAGAAUUAUAACAACUCAUACUACAAGUUUCGCCACACGAACACACAGCGCACUACCGAAAGUUUCAAGGCUUUCGUUGAGGGUCUUUUUGGCCAAAAUAACAACAUACAGCCGGAGCCAAUCCCUGAACAAGACCUUCUUUUGCGGCCUUAUGACUAUUGUGAAUCAUGGCGAGCACAUGACUACAGUUCUGAAAGCAAUAAAUUUAAACACUCCGCCAUCUGGAAUAAAACCAUUGCGGAUAUCUCAAAACGAUUGGGCUUCCAAUACUCCCUUGAGUCCAUCGACGUUGAACUGAUGUGGGACAUGUGUCGUUAUGAACAGGCGUGGCAUGUUGAUCGUACUAGUGUGUGGUGCUCCGUAAGUAAAAUUUAGCUUAUGUUAGGGUUGCCAGAUUUUUUA